UAUUAUCACCCUAUCUUUUCUUGUAUAUUAUUCUACCUACAAAAGCCUAUUCAUACCCCCACUUUCAUUCAUUCCAUCUCAGUUUUCCAGUUUUGAAAUCAUCAAAAACUUCAUCAUGAGAGAAAUCCUUCAUGUGCAAGCUGGUCAAUGUGGAAACCAAAUUGGUGGAAAGUUUUGGGAGGUUAUGUGUGAUGAACAUGGGAUUGACCCUUCUGGAAGUUAUGUAGGAAACUCACCCCUUCAGCUUGAGAGGGUGAAUGUUUACUACAAUGAAGCUAGUGGUGGAAGAUAUGUUCCUAGAGCUGUUCUUAUGGAUCUUGAACCAGGUACUAUGGACAGUUUGCGUUGCGGUCCGUUCGGAAAAAUAUUUAGGCCUGAUAACUUUGUGUUUGGACAAAAUGGAGCUGGUAAUAAUUGGGCUAAAGGACAUUAUACCGAAGGAGCCGAGCUUAUUGAUUCCGUUCUCGAUGUUGUCCGUAAAGAAGCCGAGAAUUGUGAUUGCUUGCAAGGUUUUCAAAUUUGUCAUUCAUUGGGAGGUGGAACUGGAUCAGGAAUGGGGACUUUGCUCAUUUCAAAGAUCAGAGAAGAGUAUCCCGAUCGAAUGAUGUUGACUUUCUCGGUGUUUCCUUCUCCGAAGGUCUCUGAUACAGUGGUGGAACCUUACAAUGCAACUCUUUCUGUUCAUCAACUAGUUGAGAAUGCUGAUGAAUGCAUGGUUCUUGAUAAUGAAGCACUCUACGAUAUCUGUUUCCGAACUCUCAAGCUCACUAAUCCAAGUUUUGGUGAUUUGAACCAUUUGAUUUCAACAACAAUGAGUGGAGUAACAUGUUGCCUCCGAUUUCCCGGCCAACUCAACUCGGAUCUUCGAAAACUAGCAGUUAAUCUCAUUCCUUUCCCACGUCUACACUUUUUCAUGGUUGGUUUUGCACCCUUAACAUCAAGGGGUUCUCAACAAUACAGUUCCCUCACAAUUCCAGAACUGACACAACAAAUGUGGGAUGCAAGAAACAUGAUGUGUGCAGCAGAUCCACGGCACGGCAGAUACUUAACAGCCUCGGCCAUGUUCCGCGGCAAAAUGAGCACGAAAGAGGUCGAUCAACAGAUGAUAAAUGUUCAGAACAAGAACUCGUCUUACUUUGUCGAAUGGAUACCGAACAAUGUGAAAUCGAGUGUCUGUGACAUUCCUCCGACAGGACUGUCGAUGUCUUCGACGUUUAUGGGGAAUUCGACAUCGAUUCAAGAGAUGUUUAGGCGUGUUUCGGAACAGUUUACUGUUAUGUUUAAGAGAAAGGCUUUCUUGCAUUGGUAUACUGCUGAAGGGAUGGAUGAGAUGGAGUUUACUGAGGCUGAGAGUAAUAUGAAUGAUUUGGUUGCUGAGUAUCAACAAUAUCAAGAUGCUGCUGCAAUGGAAGAUGGUGAGGUUGAUGAAGAGGAAGAUGAGGAGGAAAUUGCUUAGUUGCAGUGACAUUAAUUAAGGAUCAUUCAUCAUGUUAUGGAAAAUACACAUAUAGUAAGAAGAACUUUGUGUUUGUGUGUGUUUUACACAUAUUAUGGUUUGAAAGGUACAUAUGAUAUGACUCUCAAUCCUAAUGGGAGUAAUGUUUUUAAGAAUUUUGUUUUGAAUUGUUUUGGUUCUUGUUCUUUGUGGGGGUUACUUUAGAGUUUAGGUGUGGGACUUGGUUGUUUGUGAAUGUACACCAUGUAUUUUUUGGUUUGUUUUCACUUGUCAUUUGUUGUUUUAUAUCUUAUCUUUAUUAAUAAAUGUUAAUAGUUGGUAUGAUCAA